CGCAAUUUUUGUACUAUGCGAAUCUGCCGUGCGCAAACUCCAGACAUGCGAUUGCGGUUUGAGACAUGGCUGAUGAUUUGGGAGACGAGUGGUGGACCCAGGGAGACAAUUUAGGUGUGUCAGAGGUAGAGGAGGACACACAGUCACUUACAGAAGAACAACCAAUUAAAUCUAUAUCAAAGAAAAGGAAGGGUGAUAAACAGAUUCAAGAGGAGGACACACAGCCACUUACAGAAGAACAAUCAAAUAAAUCCACAUCAAAGAAAAGGAAGGGUGAAAAAAAGAUUCAAGACGGCACCAAGAAAAAGAAGAAAACUGUUAAGAAAGAAUGUUUCAUCACAGAGGAGAGAUCAGAGGAAAAGGGUGAUAAGGAGUCCAACAAAAACAAGAAGAGAAGAAAGAAGAAGAAAACUAUCACAGAUGUCCUGACAAGCUCUGAACCUGCGCCGGGCUCUCCAGCUGACCUUAUGAGCCUUCUGAAGAAUCACUUCAGCCUGACCCGCUCUGUUAUUGAGCAGGAGGACCUGACGCUAAAGGACUCUUGUUUCCUCAGCAGUAAUGACCUUACACAUAGCUUGUCUUCUUACCUCAAAGAAGUUUGUCCAAAGUGGGCUAAAAUCCAGAAGCAGCACACCCAGACCCAGUCAGUGGUGUUUCUCAUCGUUUGCGGAUCCGCUCUCAGAACUAUUGAUCUCAUUAAGCAGCUGAUAGCAUUUAAAGGUCAAGCUAAAGUGCUAAAGCUGUUCGCGAAACACAUCAAAGUGGAUGACCAGAUAAAGGCAUUGAGUAAAGGUGUGACCCAUAUUGCUGUUGGAACUCCUGGGAGAAUUGCUGCCUUGUUAGAAAAAGAGGGUUUGACUGUGCAAGGACUGAGGUAUCUGGUACUGGAUUGGAACUACCGAGACCAGAAGCUCAGGAGAAUGGUGGAUAUACCAGAGGUGAAAGAAGACUUUCUGAAAAUGAUGGACCGUGGUCUAAUUCAGAGCUGCAGGGAAGGACAAUUUAAAAUAGGACUCUUUUGAGCAGACAGUCUGUUCUCUGUUAUUUACACGUU